UGUCACGAUAAAUUUGUCCGAUUGAUCGACUGCUUUUCCCAGGAGAGCUGCACGAGCCAGUUGUACCAGUCGGCCCACUUCUCGCUCCAGCUGCCCUAUACCGUUUUUGGGCUGGGCCAGUCGCCAAACUUUGUGGACGUACUGACCGUGGCCUUCCCGAACAAUGCCAGCACCAAGCAUCCCAGCGUGCACCACCAGUGGACCCAGAUCAUCCCCAACUCGCAAAUGGUGAUCAUCCCGCACCCACCGGACCAGCCGUCCCAGUGGAUUAACAAGCUCUUCGUCACGCCCGGACGACAGGUGCUGCUGACAUUCAUUGCCCUGGCAGGAACGUGCGUCUUCAUCUCACUCAUCAUUGCGGCCUUCCACUGGUUGGAGAAACGUGAAGACCGCAGAGUCAAGCUGCAAGAAGCACAUCAGUUCCACUUUGAUGCCAUGUAGAAGAACCUUUGUGUUACCGUACCGGGCAGGUCAAGACAAGAACUACAAUGGGAACUGUGGACUUGGCUAACCGCUGAACUGAGUCCUGCGGCAUUGCUUUGCAAACACAGAACGUAUAUGUUCAUUCUACACCAUAAUUCAUUAUUUGAAUGGCUGCUGCUUCAAAGCAAAUUUGUGAUUUGGCUAACGACUUGCGAGCAACGCGGACGCCCUUGCCGGGAAGUCACCUGUGGCCAUUGACCCAAUUAUGAACUCUGCUUGCGGUACCUACAAGGACUUGAUUGCCGAGAAGCCACGCUGCAGCCAUUGAUUCAGUUGGUAAUUUGAAUUCCUGAUACAACUGGGAACUUUAUAGUCAGCUAAUGGCUUUCUGCCCAAGUAAUGCCAUAAGGACUUCUGCCGUGUAUCUGAUAAGCCAACGGUUUCUUGCCUGGCUAAUGACGUCGUGCCUUACUACUGUUACGCUUUGUGGAUUGGGAGAUUAUCGGUAGGGCUAAUGUAAAGUGUUAAGACCAAAGUGUAUUUAUUUGUUUUGUGAACUUUUUCACCAUCGUCUUUGCCGUGGUUUGUUACCUUUUUUGAAUACCGUAUGGUGGCAACACUGGUUCCUGCUUGUUUGGGCAGAUAAAGAAUGCAUGGCGAUUGGUUUGUUUUCUUUUAGUGCCCCUCUUUUGAGUGUGUUUUUGUUUGGUACACUUUCAGUGUGCAUGAUGUACAAUUGUACAAAGAGAAAGUAUAAAUGCAGAGCUGUUGUCGAAA